AGUAAUUGGAAUGCCUUGCUGCAGACGCUUGAGGGCCAUAGCGGAUCCAUCAGCUCAAUCGCCUUCUCGCCCGACGGGACGCGGCUUGCCUCAGCAUCGGGCGAUCACACCGUCAAGAUCUGGGAGCCAACGACAGGCCACUGCCGCUAUUUGCAGAUACUCGAGGGCCAUGGAAGUUUGGUCAACUCCCUCGACUUCUCGCCCGACUAUAUACGGCUUGCCUCAGCGUCGCGGGAUAAGACUAUCAAGAUCUGGGAACCGACGACCGGCCGCUGUCUCCAGACGCUCAAGGGCUAUAGAAGGAAAGUAGGGUCAGUCACCUUCUCGCCCGAUAGUAGCCAGAUCGUCUCGGCGGCAUACGAUUAUAUAAUCAAGAUCUGGGACCCGGUAAUAGGCUACUGUCUACAGACACUCAAAGGCCAUACUCGUGAGCCCGGCCGAACGAGUAACAGUUUCGUCACCUCAGUGGCCUCCUCGCCCGACGGCACUCAGCUCGUAUUAGCUUCAUGGAAUAAUACUAUCAAGAUUUGGGAGGCAGCAAUAGGCCACUGCCUCCAGAUAUUCGAGGGCCAUAAUAAUUACGUCGACUCAAUUACUUUCUCGCCCGACGGUAGCAAGCUCGCUUUGGCAUCAGAUAAAACUAUUAAGACUUGGGACCCGGUAAUAAGCAGCUUUGUACAGACACUCGAUACCCAUAGGUGUCUCGUUACUUCCGUCGCCUUCUCGCCCGACGGCAGCCGGCUCGCAUCAAUAUCAGAGGAUAAAAUUAUCAAGAUCUGGGACCUAGUAACAGGCCACUAUUUGCAGACAAUUAAGAGCUAUAGUAAUAACGAUGCUUUCUCG